GCAGCGACGAGUCCGAACGGAGAGAAGGAGUCAGACACAGAGAGAGAGAGAGAGAGAGAGAGGUUCACGCAGAGAGAAGCCGAGUACAGCGAGCUUUGGACCCCAGGAAGAGGGAAGCUGAGACUGAGGAGAUGCUGUGAGGACGACUGCCAGGUGAUGGAGCUCGAAGCUGCCGCCAGCAGGCGGGCACAUUUAGUCAGAAUGGAUGACCAGGACAGAGUAAGCCAAACCUCCAGUUUGGCCACCAUCUCCUACUUUCCUGUCAUGCAGGAACGUGAUGGAAAGGUGCAAACAUUUGGAAAAAGAUGCCUGGCUUCCAAAAGAGACCCCAAUUGUCCUGUAGUCAUCAGAGGAUGGCUCAACAAAAAAGACAGCUCUGGGUUGAAGCUGUGGAAGAGGAGGUGGUUUGUCCUCUCCAACUUCUGUCUGUUUUACUAUAAAGACAGUAGAGAGGAGUCUGUGCUGGGCAGCAUCCCACUCCCGAGUUACAGAAUCCUGUUCUGCACACCACGAGAAUGCAAGAACAGAAAGUUCACCUUCAAGGUGGUGCACCAGGGAAUGCGCUCUUAUUUCUUCAGUGCUGACACCCAGGAGGACAUGUUGGGCUGGGUCCGGGCCCUCAGCCAGUCUGCUGCCAUGGAGCCCAACGGCUCCCUGAGCAGGCGUUGCUCGAGUUAUCAGGAUUUCACACAUAUAGGUGGCAGCAGUGAGUCGGUGGACUUCCCUAAACCCCCCUCCGGGGGAGCGGCUCCCUCCCAAAGACACAAACACUUCAACAGGACUCUGAGCGAACCGACUCAUCUCACCGGCGGGAGGACGGAGACGUCGCGCUCCUCGGAGCCGAGGGGGAGGCGGAGCGUGCGUCAGAGAAACAGCAGAACGCCGAGCCCUGCUGACUUCAGCAGAAGACGAGCAUGCGGCCCACAGCGCGAGGAAGGCUCUCCUUCUGGCCGAAGCACACCACCAGAAAUGAUGGGAACUGGUUCGUUGACCUCCAGAGACUCGCUGGGGUCACGACCUCACACGCCAGUAGGAAGGGUAGACAUUCGACCUCACGAUGACUCGGCGCCACACACCCUGUACUACGCACCUGCCUCGCCUAAACUGGAGUUCAAAUCCACCCCAAAUACUCCCGUCACGGAGAGGUGGCAAAACAUAUGCAAGCCGACACCGCUCUAUGGGUCAGUCCAUCAUAUCGCGAGCGGGAGGCGACAUUUAGGAAAGAGCUUCUCCACAGGGCCACAUGCAGACUCACUGCCCCCGUUGCCCCCCUCGUCGAGGGCCCCCCUACACCCAAACCACCACCAUCACCACCAUCACCACCACCACCGCAGCAAUGUGUCUGUGUGUGUGCUCCCGCCCGUCAUGGCAACAAAGCCUGACCCCAGGGACGUCCCACCAAUCAGGCCUCUUGACAGUGAUGCAGACAUCGUGUUGACACGGUUAUGUGGGUGUGACAAGCUGCUCCAGUCUCUUUCGGUAGAACUGGCCCAGCUACAAAUGGAUAAAGACAGCGUCCAGUCUGCGCUAGAGGUGUCCAGACUUCAGCUGGAGGAGUUGAAAGGCCUGGGGCCCAGGGCCCAGGAGGAAGCCCUUACCCAGAAGGCUUUGCUCCAGGAAGAGCUGGUCACAAUCCGGGCAAGAGUGUGUGAUGUAUCGUUGGAAAUGGAGAGAGUGUGGAGUCAAUAUGAGAGGAUGGAGAGUGAACUGUCGGUUAUCCGCUCACACCUUCAGCACGUCUGUAACUUUGGAGUGCCACAGGACCAGUCUCAGGCCCAGAGAGAGCUGUGGAUGAUGGAGGACAUCCUAGCUGGACUAACGAUCAACAGGGAUCACUUCCGCUUCCUGCUGGGACUCCCGAGGCACCAGAUGUUCCAGCCGACAUCUCCACGUCCCGGCUCUCCCACCGAGAGGCUGCCGAGUGGACUCCCGGUGGAUGUGGAACCAGAGCCACCACUCCGCCCACCAUUACCCCACGAGCUGCAGGAAAGCUUCCACAGCAAGGACCACAGCCAUGGCUGGACAGAGUCAUCGUAUGAGGGAGUCUACGGCCACACUGCUGAUCCUGGACAGAGAAGAGGAAACGGGAAACCACCAAAAGACACAUUUGAAUCAGGUUCAAAGUGGAUCCCACCAGAUACAUCGAAUCAAUCAACCAAGAAGACGAAGAUGACCGAAGAAGAGCAGAUUGAGCGGAUGCAGAGGAAUCAGGACAGGUUAACUAAUAAGAAGAAACCUCCCAUACCAACUCCAGGUCAAAGUUCAGAGACAAGAGUGGAGGCCCCGUUUCCUUUAAGAGUGACGCGAGUUGUUACAGCUGUGCUGCCAUCCUCUAUUGUGGCCCGACGGGUUUCUGUGGAGGACCCUCCGCCUGAACUCGACACCCCAUUGCCUGAGCAGAUUCCACCUGAGAUGCACCAACGAUGUUCAGGGCGGAAAGGGUCGAACAAGCCGCCCUGGGCUCUGUUGCUGGAAGAUCAAAACCACCACGAUGAACCUGCAGUCGGGACAAACAGACAGCAGCAUCAGGGAAUAUUGAAGUCUUCCAAGAAGGAGAAACAUUCAAAGCUGAACAGAGCCGAGCCGAGGAGCCGGGUUCAAGACGGAGCGGCUGCCGGACAUGGGAGUGACGGCUUGGCAGAUGAACAACAAGCUGCCCUCCUGACCCCUGACCUGGAGCCUAACCUCUGUCUGACCCUGGAGCAGCGAGAGGCCAAACUCCGUCGUGUGGAACGAAUACGGGAGAGAGUCAUAAGGAGUGCAGUCAGACAGAGAGCGGCUCCACGCGACCAACUGGCCAUCAGGGGGGAGGGGCAGGAAGUUCAUCAGGUGCCCCCCGACACAGCUAGAAAACAAAGGAUCAAAUCAGAGCAUAGAUUCUAUGGAAGCUGCGAUCACAUCCGAGGCUCUGCAGAACUUCAGCUUUGCAGUGGAACAACACAGGAGGAAGAGGAGAGAGAGCGCCAUGUGAAAACAUCUAAGAGUCAAGUCAAAGACGGGGACAAAACACAGCUCAAAGAUCACAGUGUGAGAACAGGGGUUGCCAAAAAUAAAAGCAAACGUCCAGCUUCGCCCCAUCACAUCUCCUCCAUGACCGUCUAUCACAAAGAUGGAGGCAAGGGAAUCACAGGUUGCGAAGCUGUAGAGGCGCAAAAGCUGGAAGAACCCGUCACUGAUGACAAUGAAAGUGAUUUUUCUUCGGCCGAUCUGAAAGCCAAGUGGUUCCUCUCCACCGACCGGUGUCUCGGGUUCACGCCGUUGCAGAUCCCCGGCAUCGACUCGUGCAGCGAGGAGAUAUCAGACGCCGAGAGCCAACCGGCAUGCGGCGACGACGCGACGGACUCCAACGAGAUGUCGUCCACAUUCAGUGAAAGCUUGCAGAAAAUGAGGGAGAACCAUUCACUCUUCUACAAGAUUACAUGUGAUCUCACUAUUUCUGACACAGAUAUUACAGCGAAUGAUGUGAAUCCGAACGCCCCAACGCCAUGCGGGCCAGAGGAAGAAGACCUUCAGAUCACUGAAUCUGAGACGGAUGACGCGACCCGGAAUGUCGGGGGAUCCUCUAACCAAGAGAGGAAAGGUUCUAGCCGACAUCUCUCAUCAGACUUUAAUGAAAAUGUUCACUCAAUUAAUAAUGUACUCAAGGAUUCAACCAACGCGGUGUUAAAUACCUCAGCCAGUCCAACAGAGGAGGCUUGUGUUUAUAAUUAUAACCCUCAAAAAGAAUGUGAAGACACCUCAAGGCAAGACAGACAGUCGGGAGUUAGAGAAGCUGUCCACGGGGCGUCGGUCCAGAGCUCUGCCUCUGAUCAGCCACCGGUUGAUGAAUAUGGAAAAACAAGAGAAGGAAAAAGUGUGACGAAGGAGUCCGAGAAAAGGAAGGUGGACCAAGAGAGAGCUAAACAGCUGAGGAAACGUCAUAGUUUAAGUGAGGAGAACAGGGAGGCGGCCAAAGGAGAAGGCAACAUCCACUCCAUCACUCCAGCCAGCUCUCUGAAUGAGGGCGGAAGUGUUAUUCGAAGUUCCUCUUUUGGGAAGGCUCGAGUUACAGUAUUACGGACAAGUUUGUAGAGACAAGAACAGCAAAGGUUUAAUGAGCUUGAAUCAACAAACUUGGGAAGGAAAACUACUUUUUGUGUUGAGAAAAAUGCCUGAAGAAGAGGAUGUUAAGGAAUCUGCUCCAAAUUUUGGAUUAUAUACAUGGUAACAUGGGAACAUACAAUGUCAUAAAUAGUCCUAAUAUUCUGUAAACUUGAACAAUUCCAUUAUUCAUAAUAUUAGGUGUGAAACGGAUGCAGAUAUAAUAGAAAGUCUUGAAAAAAAAACUAUCUAUUGAAAUAAUAAUAAUAUUGGUGUCGCACAAAUACCUUAUGUGUGAUUGAAAACAUGUCCAGUAUUAUUUAAUUCCUCUCAAAACAUGCAUCUAACACAUAUUAUAGACGAUCGCUGCUCAUAGAUGGCAACAUAACCCUUUUAUUGUCACUGUUACAAGGUAUGUUUUGUAUCUCAAAGAUCCUGAUUAAUAAACAUGAGUGCUACGUCGAGACACCGAUUCCUGCUCCGUAUGUGCAAGAAUAACACGAAUAAUGUAAUGUAAUCUGUCUUCUUUUUUUCCACGCCAUCCCUGGCUGCUUAGGUGCUGCUCUCUGACAAACCCUGAUGCAGAAUUAAACAGAGACGGUAAAAAUGC